AUGACCCAUCUGAUGGAUGGCGACCAGUGUCUCUCCNGCCUGUCAGGGAGGGCUGAGACGGGCCCCGGUGCUGCGGUGCUGACAGCAGCUUGAUACAGAAUGGGAUCCUGUUGCUGGGAGGGAGCUACUUGUAAAGGGGUAGUAAAGAAAUGUCUGUUACCAGUGUUUCUCGCAGCAGCGUACCAGCAAGUUGGUUGAUGAACUGCGUGUGGUUGAGAUACUGCUUGAUCUUCCGUUUGGUUGAUCGCCCUUUUUUAUAUGUCAUUAAGAGCGAUGUAGCGUUGAUAUUCGUUUUUCCGCUGCGAAUUGACAUUGGUGCUUGGGGUUGUAGGCGCACCCCUGUGCUAACAGUAGCCGGAUACAGUUGGGAUCCUGUUGCUGGGAGGGGGCUACUUGGAAAGGAGUAGCACAAAUGUCUGAUAUUUGUAAACGCGUCGGUUUGCAAUUUUGGCGACUGCUGUGUUGAUUUUUGUGUGGACAAGUCAUUCAGCAGGAUGAACCUUGGGGGCGGAGGGUUUUGAUCCUGGGGCGGGGUUUCCCUUCGUUUUUGUUUCUUUUUGAGUUUACUACAGUACAAGUACACCUUGGAAACUUUGGUUUUGAGAGCAUUCGUAACGAUGUACAGAAUCAGGGAGGGUGUUCGUGAGGUGGAUUAUGCCAUCCUUACGAAGGCUACUGUGGCGAUACUCAUGCGUGGUUUUGAGCUACAUGCAAGUGCGCAAGUAGUGGCUGUUCACCGAUCUUGGAUCUUCGGGGUAUCUCCGAUCAUAUCUUUGACAAGUUGUCACGUGUUCCGCUGUCGCGUGUUCCGAGUUCCGAAUGCGUCUUUUCUGCGGGGAAUUUCUUGCGGCUGUUGCACGAGUGCCUCGGUGUUUGUGAUGCACCCUGUGCUCACUCUCUUCCGUGGGUUGUGUCUACAAGGACAACCAAUAAAACGUCUUAACCAUCUCUUCACGUUUGUCAACCGGGUCAGCCGUGCUCAUCCAGCAGCACUAG